AUGGAGCCGCUGACCAUCCUGGUGUUGCUGAGCUUGCCUCUCUCUUCAGCAUAUCCUCUGCAUGGGGCAGUGAGCCAAGACCACCCAAACAUGGGGUUUGCUCAGCAAUAUCUAGAAAAGUACUACAACUUUGAAAAAAAUGUGCAACAAGCAUUUAGAAGAAAGGACAGUAGUCCUGUGGUCAAAAAAAUCCAAGAAAUGCAGAAGUUCCUCGGGCUGGAGAUGACAGGGAAUCUGGACUCCAGCACUAUGGAUGUGAUGCUGAAACCCAGGUGUGGCGUCCCCGACGUUGGUGGCUUCACUACCUUUCCAGGGUCACCAAAGUGGAAGAAAACCCACCUCACCUACAGGAUUGUGAAUUAUACACCAGAUUUACCAGAAGAGAGUGUGGAUUCUGCCAUUGAGAAAGCGCUGAAAGUCUGGGAGGAGGUGACCCCGCUCACCUUCUCCAGGCUCUCUGAAGGAGAGGCUGACAUCAUGAUCUCCUUCGCAGUUGGAGAACAUGGAGACUUUUACCAUUUUGAUGGACCAGGACAGAGUCUGGCUCAUGCCUACCCACCUGGGCCUGGAUUUUAUGGAGAUGCUCACUUUGAUGAUGAUGAGAAAUGGACACUGGGACCCUCAGGGACCAACUUAUUCCUGGUUGCUGCCCAUGAGCUUGGCCACUCUCUGGGUCUCUUUCACUCAGACAACAAAGAAGCUCUGAUGUAUCCAGUCUACAGGUUCUCCACAAACCCGGCCCAGUUCCGGCUUUCUCAAGACGAUAUAGACGGCAUUCAGUCCCUCUAUGGACCACGUCCCUCCUCUGAUGCCAUAGUGGUACCUAUGUCCUCUGUCUCACCAAGGCUUGAGACCCCAGCCAAGUGUGAUCCUGCUUUGUCCUUUGAUGCCGUCAGCACCCUGAGAGGGGAAAUCCUACUCUUUAAAGACAGGCACUUUUGGCGCAGAACCCGCUGGAACCCUGAGCCUGAAGUCCAUUUGAUUUCGGCAUUUUGGCCCUCUCUUCCUUCACACUUAGAUGCUGCCUACGAAGCUCACAAUAAGGAUAGUGUUUUCAUUUUUAAAGGAAAUCAGUUCUGGGCAGUCCGAGGAAACGAAGUCCAAGCGGGUUAUCCAAAAGCAAUCCACACUCUUGGCUUUCCUCCUGCUGUGAGGAAGAUCGACGCAGCUGUUAGUGACGAGGAGAAGAAGAAGACAUACUUCUUUGUGGAGGACAAAUACUGGAGAUUUGAUGAGAAGAGAAAUCGGAUGGACAAGGGCUUCCCCAGGCUGAUUAAAGAUGACUUUCCUGGAGUCGAGUCACAGGUGGAUGCCGUGUUACAGGCCUUUGGUUUUUUUUAUUUCUUCCAUGGAUCAUCACAGUUGGAGUUUGACCCCAAUGCCAGGAUGGUGACACACACCCUGAAGAGAAACAGCUGGCUCCUGUGCUGA